AGUAAAUAAUAUCUAUUCUGGAUAUUCGAUACGAAAACGAUGGUAAUUCUAUCAUCGGGAUAGUAGACUCGCUGUACUCCGGGCUCCGAGGUAAUCGCCAGGUGAUCGUACGUCCCUGGGCGUUCCCGCGAAAAGUGGGGAACAUUCUGGUAGCGCGCUUCGGCUGAUCGCCCGAUGGUGUGCGGUGACAUCGAGCUGUUUCUUCGCAGUUUCGGCAAUUCGGCACGACUGCCGAAGAAGAAGAGGAAGAGAAGGAGAAAGAGGAGAGGAGAUCCGCUCGCGAUUGGAUCCAUCGAUCGUGUCAUCGUAUUGGCAGGAUCUGUCACUCAAAGGGUUCCGUGUUUUCGCCCUUCAACAUCGUCGUCUUUAACGAAGGGUGCCGACGUCAUUCCUCUCUCCCUCUCACUGACUCCCGUCCCCGUCUCCGUUGAAAGAUGUUGGGCCUGGUUUGCCGUCAGGCAUUGCUGGCGAAUACCCAAAAAAUCGGCGCUAGAUGCUUAGGAUCAAUAGUGCCGGUGCCAUGUCCGCCGGAAUUUCCUCUGGAAAAUGAACCCAUUCUUAGCUACAAGAAGGGCAGUCCGGAAAGAGCGGAACUGGAGAAGGUCUUGGGCAGCAUGGCCAAUGAAUGUGAGGAGGUGCCGUUAGUUAUAGGAAACGAGGAGAUCAAAACCGACUUAUGCAAAUAUCAGGUCAUGCCACAUAAUCACAAGGAAAAGAUCGCCAAGUAUUACUGGGCGACGCCGGAGCUCGUGAAGAAGGCGAUCGACGUCGCGGUGAAGGCGCAACGGGAAUGGGAGAAGUGGCCGAUCGAGAAACGGUUGGAGAUGUGGCUGAGGAUAGCAGAUCUCAUGGCGACCAAGUACAGGCAGUAUUUAAACGCCGCGACGAUGCUCGGCCAGAGCAAGACCGUGAUACAGGCGGAGAUCGACAGCGCUGCGGAAUUGAUCGACUUCUUCAGGAUGCACGCGUAUUUCGCGAAGGAGAGCAUCAAGUAUCAGCCGAUCUCGCCGAAUUUUCAGAUUCUCAACUCGAUGAGGUAUCGCGGUAUGGACGGUUUCGUCGCGGCGGUAUCGCCUUUCAACUUUACCGCGAUCGGCGGCAACCUCAGCUAUACGCCGGCUCUGAUGGGCAACGCUGUGCUAUGGAAGCCGUCCGACACCGCGUUAUUGUCCAACUGGUGGAUCUUUAAGAUAUGCAGGGAGGCCGGAGUACCGCCUGGCGUGGUGAAUUUCAUUCCGUGCGAGGGACCCGUGUUCGGCGACACCAUCACGUCCUCGCCUUAUCUCGCCGGACUUAACUUUACCGGCUCGGUACCGACAUUCAACCGUCUGUGGAUACAGGUCGGCCAGAACCUCGCCAAAUAUAGGAACUAUCCGAAAUUGAUUGGCGAGUGCGGCGGUAAGAAUUAUCAUUUCGUUCACCCGAGCGCGGACGUGGAAUCAGUCAUCAACGCAACGAUAAAGAGCGCGUUCGAGUAUAACGGACAAAAAUGCUCCGCUUGCAGUAGAAUGUACGUGCCGGAGUCUUUGUGGGGUAAGAUAAAAGAUGGUCUCUUAGAUCUUCGUAAGAAACUCAAGCUCGGCGAUGUUCAAGAUUUUACUGUGUUCACCGGCGCCGUUAUAGACGCCAUAGCGUUUAAACGUAUUACUAGUUACAUCGAUUAUGCGAAGAAAUCACCCAAGAUGGAAAUUCUCGGCGGUGGAGGCUCCGACGAUUCGUGUGGAUAUUUCAUCGAACCGACAAUAGUACAAAGCAAAGAUCCAAAAGAGAAACUCAUGACAGAAGAAAUAUUUGGACCGGUACUUACGGUUUACGUUUACAAGAAUUCCGACCUGGACGAAACGGUAAAAUUGGUAGAGACAUCAACGCCAUACGCCUUAACAGGCGCAAUAUUCGCAGAAGAUGAAAAAUGGGCAAAAAAGGCGCUUGAGGAUUUUAAAUAUACUGCCGGUAAUUUUUACGUCAAUGAUAAAUCGACCGGAUCAGUGGUCGGCCAACAACCGUUUGGUGGCAGUCGAAUGUCUGGUACAAAUGACAAAGCUGGCGGACCGCAUUACCCUCUUCGCUGGGCAUCUCCUCAAUCUAUUAAGGAGAAUUUUGCACCUUUACGGGAGUAUGACUAUCCAUACAUGCGAUCUUAAUCACGGGCGAUUAUUGAUUCAUCGACGUGAUAUCUGGUAAUUUAGAUUGGCGAUAGUCGCGCGCGUCGCAAAUUGAGAAACACUCUCACGUUCGCAAUAUCUGAUAAGAAAAGAACCGAUUAGAAGCAUUACACACUGCGAUAUUAAUAUAUCCUGCAUUGACUCGAGGAAGGAUUUCAGUGUUGUAUAAAUUCAUAAAACAUUAACAGAUCGUAAAAAUGUUAUUUUUUCAAUUAAGUUUCUUAAUUGGGAAAAUCAAAUCAAUUGUAUAAUUACAGAAAUAACAUGAAAUGUUAUAUAUCACAUAUAAAAUGAAAUUUUUACUUGAGUAAUAUUCUUACCUCAUGAUAUGACAUUCGUCCGGUUCUGACUAAUCAGAAAAUAGAGAAGGAAAAUUAUAUGUCAUAUAUCAAGAAUAAAAGAAUAAGAAUAAGGAAAGAUAGUAAAAUAAAAAAUAAGCAUCAUGAGAUAAGAUCUUAUAUGUUAAAUUAAUUUAACAUGCAAAAAUUGAAAAAAAAAAAGAUUAAUUUUAUGCACUUUGCGUAAGCAUUUUGUCUCGAUAGAAAACAGUAAAUAUGCGACCACAGUUUUAUGAUGCACAAUAGAGACACGAUUAGAUUUUUUUUUAGAUGAAUUAAUGCUAGAGAGAGGAAGAGUCGCACAUACACACACACACACACACACACGCACGCACACACACAGCUUUGUAAGCAAAUUAUAAUAUAUUUAACCGCCUUCGAAUGUUUUUAACAUUACUUCACAGCGGAUACGAAUGUGAUCGGUCUUGCUACCCGCGGACAUUGCAUCGUAAGCAUUAUAUUCGUCACUAGUACACAUUAUCAAAGUAUUACCUGAUGUGCAUUUUGAAAACGCGAGAUCUUUUUAUCGUGACAUGAUCUUUUUUUCUUUGUGUCUCUCUCCCUCUCGGUAUAAUAAAACUUUUAUAACUCAGGUUCCGGGCGAUCGUGCUAGAGAAAGAAAUGAAAGCAAAACGACGCGUUUAUUUAUCAAAGAGUUCUUUGAUACAUGUGAGAGGUAUCUACAUAAUCUCUCAAAAUUAUAAUCGAUACUGGAUAUCGCUAUUGUCAAGUGUCCUCAUUGUCGACGGGAUAGAAUAAAUAUUAAUGUGAUCGAUAAAGCGCUUUGGCUUGAAGAUCCUAUUUAAGCGGUGCGCUAUAUAAUAUAUUCUACAUUUCUUUUUUUAUUACUAUUAGUAAAAUUGUGUGAUGCGGGUAUGCAAUGACUUUGGUUCCUUUGUAAUGUACUUUGUAAGAUUGUAUAUACAGAAGACGAUCUCUGUAACAGUUAAUAGACCUUUUAGAUAUACCCCAUAGACCUGAUAUCAUCAAUUGUCCUAUGGUAUCGUUCGCGAUAUGGCUGAGACAAGAUCGACGAGAUUUCGCGAAGCGAUAAGUGGCCGAGGACAUAGUAACUGACAAUAUGUUGUAUACUGCGGCUAAUGUUACAGCGUUAUUUAAGUGUACAGCAAUAAAAAAAUAUAUAUAUAAAUUAA